AUGGGGCGGAUAGAAACGGAGAGCAACAACAGUGGUGAGGUGCAGCAGGCGGCGUCAGAGGGCGCUUGUCUGUUGGAGAGCACGACACCCACACGGAGGCUGGAGCUCGGUGGUGAAUCAGCCGAUGUGGACACUAACGCUGUUGUCAGACGGGCGUGGGAAAAGGACAUCACAGCGUUUCUUGCGUCUCAGUCACACAAAUUGUUUGCACGUGACCCGCUUCUUGAACUGAAACUUGACGACAGUCCGGAUGGAAUAGCGAGGAGGGAGCAGGCUGGCGUCUCGUCAACAGCGUCGCCACUGAGUGCUGCGAGCCCCAUGAGCGCAUGGCGGCGAAGAUCAGAGCUUCAAGACGAUGUCAGGACGGGGGAGAGACGUCAUCACACGGGGGACCCAGCUGAAAGCAGGCUGCUUCUGUACUCUCCUCUUAGGUGUGCGGCAGAGGAGGAGGAGGAACAAGUAAUCAUUGGCCGGGAUGUGACUUACCCCGAUAAUGACGUGCUUGGUCUUCAUAGCCUGGGGCAGGCCGUCACGGGGAUGGAGCAUUGCUUCUCAACCCCGCGCCUCAUCCCCACCCCAGAAACUCACACAAGCAGGCGCCAAGCGGCGUCUCAGGUCACCACGGGUUGUGCAGUUGGUUUGGCCGCGCAAGCGCUUUCGCCGGUUCAACAGGCAAACAAUGUCCCAUUCCGCUCCUGGAAGUCUCGUGAGCAGCAGAAGGUGGGGGCAGUGGCUGUUUCCACGGGAGGUGCACUCCCGGAAGCCGUUGAUGGUGGGUGUGCUGGGAGGGCUUCACUUUCUCAGGGAGCCGCCAAGGAGGCAUUGGGUCCAUUCCCAAAGGAUGAUGUGAUGGGGCAGGGGGAUUUGGGUGAGGGAGGGAAGGAGGAUGCCUUUGCCUUGCCGUUACCCUUAUCGACAAGGAAAAGUGGUGGCUGUGAUGACGAAGAUGCUCCUUUAUUUUGCCGAGUCACACCUGUUGGGCGGCGAUGUGCCGGAGGUUUCGUACCCGUAGCGGAUUCGGCAGGACCUCGUUUCACUGCAGGCAUGCGAGUGGAGGGACGGUGGGGGUGUCGAUGGUUUGGUGCUGUGAUUACCGAGGGUGAGCAGAAUGGGUACGUGCAGCUCCGCUGGGAUGAAGAUGGCUCCUUGUUGCAUGUGAAGGUUCGAGAAGUUCGACUACCGCAGAAUAAAUGGAGGAUGAAUGGUAGGAGGACAAGGAGUCUGCUGAACACCCCUUCUGUCAUGACGGCAACACAGUUGGUGGAGCUUGUGGAGAAUGAGACGCCACAUCCGGAGUUGUCGGUGAAGGAAGAGUUGGGGCUGAAGCCCCUGGACGAGGAUGUCGGAGUGAGCCCAUCGUUCCUCACACUCUAUUUUACAUCGGCAGCGCUGUUACAAUUGGCAGGGAAGCGAUGCAUUCUCACCCAGCUGAUGGAACGGGGCGCCUUGAUAGUGGAGCCUCCUUUAAAUCUGGAGUCCCUUUCAUCGAAUUCCUCAUUUGGUCAGCGGCGAACAGGAGAGAACCGUUUUUUUUUUGUCGUUGCAGAGGACGAUUUGAAGAGGGACGAUGGAAUGAUUAUAGCGGUAGCACACGCCAUGGGUCUUUCUGCCGUUUCCGUGGGGUGGCUGGAGGAACUCGAGGUGGACGUUGCGGGAGAGUUUCCACAUGUGUGCAUUCCGAAGCCGAAACACCUCAUUGGGCAGGACAACGAUACUUUUGUGCGAUGGCGGCUGCUUUCUUCAAAGGAAGAACGAUUCCUCAGCCAGAAGAGGAUUUACGUUGCAGGGGAAGAUGCCGAAAUUGCGUUUCUUCUCCAAGUAUGUGGGGGCACAAUCACGCAUCAACUACCACCGGAUGGGGACUCCCCCCCGCAUUAUUUGUAUGUAGCUCCCGGGAAGCGGGCGCAGAUAACCACCAGUGUUACCUCUGUGGCACUGUUAGAGAAAUCAUGGUUGUUUCACCGCAUCCACGAGUUUUUUCUUGCGCUUCCCCCACCGCGAAAUGGACGGAGUGACGCUGGCGUUGUCAUCAACUCGCUUGCUGCCAGCCCAGUCUCUGGUGUCAAGCGUCCCCGAGAUAAGACGGAGGAGGAGACGAGCACAAGGGUGGCAGAGGCUGUGCCGUUAUCGCCGGCAAAUGCAGAUCGAGGGUCGAGUCGUGUGACGUUUACUUCGGGUGGCGAGGUGCUUACGGUGCUGGAGGGUGAGGACUACUACUUUUGCAUGCCGCGUGUGAGCGGCAGCAGGAUGCAUGGUAGGAACAAAAACGAGGCACCGGUGGUGGAGCUGGGGCGCGUGGUACGUCUUGGCGGGGAUGAUGUUGUGACAUUGCUACUCUACGAAGUGAAGUACAGAGUUCUGCGCCAAAACCCUCACACAGGAAGCCUUGAAAACCAGACAACGGUGUAUCUGGGUUCACGCACCGCAACAGUGCCGUUGGAAAAUCUCAUCUUCAACAUCCCCGUUUAUGUUGUUGAUGCCUCUCAAAUGCAGCACAUGUAUGUGCUUGAGUCGCCCCCUAGAGGUGUCGAUGCAGCUGCUGUUGGUGGUGGUUGUGCCGGGAGUUAG